ACAGAGCCGACCCUGGUUUCUUUGGCACUCGGUUUCUACAGUAAACAGGCCCCACCCUACAGUUCUGGAGGACCUAUCGUGUGCGUUGGGUAGCUUCUCGCGCGAAUCCUUCUCCGUUAAAAAGAGGAAGUACCGGCAAGAGCAGUCAGCCUUCUGGCCUCUCUAGGCGUAGGCUUUUGGAAUAGUGGUACGCAGGGCGCUACUCUGAACGAGCUGAGACUGUUUCCUCCACUGCCGCCUUGAGGACGUGGCAAUCCUUCCUCGGACAACCGCUCCUACUUCCUCCGAUCAUCCGGUUACCCGCGCGGGAGGCGCAGGGACUGCUGGGAACGCGCAUGCGUCCUACGAGGCGGCGGAACCCAUUUGGGAGGCAGAGGCAGCAACCGCGGCCGGGCUCGGGGGGCGCUCCUGGGGCCAAGGCCAUGGCCCCGCGGCUGCAGCUGGAGAAGGCCGCCUGGCGCUGGGCGGAGACUGUGCGGCCCGAGGAGGUGUCGCAGGAGCACAUCGAGACCGCCUACCGCAUCUGGCUGGAGCCCUGCAUCCGCGGCGUUUGCAGACGCAACUGCAAAGGAAAUCCAAAUUGCCUGGUUGGGAUUGGUGAGCAUAUCUGGUUAGGAGAAAUAGAUGAAAAUAGUUUUCAUAACAUCGAUGAUCCCAACUGUGAGCGGAGAAAAAAGAACUCAUUUGUGGGCCUGACAAACCUUGGAGCCACUUGUUACGUCAACACAUUUCUUCAGGUGUGGUUUCUCAACCUGGAGCUUCGGCAGGCACUGUACUUGUGUCCCAGCACCUGUAGUGACUACAUGAUGGAAGAUGGUGUCCACGAAGAGAAAGAUUAUGAACCUCAAACUAUUUGUGAGCAUCUCCAGUACUUGUUUGCUUUGUUGCAAAACAGUAACAGACGAUACAUUGAUCCAUCAGGGUUUGUUAAAGCCUUGGGCUUAGACACGGGGCAACAACAGGAUGCCCAGGAAUUUUCAAAGCUGUUUAUGUCUCUAUUGGAAGAUACUUUGUCUAAACAGAAGAAUCCAGAUGUACAGAACAUUGUGCAGCAGCAGUUCUGUGGGGAAUAUGCCUAUGUAACUGUUUGCAAUCAGUGUGGCAGGGAGUCCAAGCUGUUAUCAAAGUUCUAUGAACUGGAGUUAAAUAUCCAAGGCCACAAACAGUUAACAGAUUGUAUUUCAGAAUUUUUAAAGGAAGAAAAACUAGAAGGAGAUAAUCGAUACUUCUGUGAAAAUUGUCAAAGCAAACAGAAUGCUACAAGGAAGAUUCGGCUUCUAAGCCUUCCUUGCACUCUGAACUUGCAGCUAAUGCGCUUUGUCUUUGACAGGCAAACUGGACAUAAGAAAAAGCUGAAUACCUACAUAGGCUUCUCAGAAAUUUUGGAUAUGGAACCUUAUGUGGAACAUAAAGAUGGGUCCUAUGUGUAUGAACUCAGUGCAGUCCUCAUACAUAGAGGUGUGAGCGCUUACUCGGGCCACUACAUUGCCCAUGUGAAAGAUCCGCAGUCUGGCGAAUGGUAUAAGUUUAACGAUGAAGACAUUGAAAAGAUGGAGGGGAAGAAAUUACAACUAGGGAUUGAGGAAGAUCUAGCAGAACCCUCAAAGUCGCAGACGCGCAGACCCAAGUGUGGUAAAGGGACUCAUUGCUCUCGAAAUGCAUACAUGUUAGUUUAUAGACUGCAAAGCCAAGAGAAGCCCAACUCAGCCGUGGAAGUUCCAGCCUUUCUUCAAGAGCUGGUAGAGCGAGAUAAUUCCAAAUUUGAGGAGUGGUGUGUUGAAAUGGCCGAGAUGCGUAAACAAAGUGUGGAUAAAGGAAAAGCAAAGCACGAAGAGGUUAAGGAGCUGUACCAAAGGUUACCUGCUGGAGCUGAGCCCUAUGAGUUUGUCUCUCUUGAAUGGCUGCAAAAGUGGUUGGAUGAAUCGACACCUACCAAGCCUAUUGAUAACCAUGCUUGCCUGUGUUCCCACGACAAACUUCAUCCAGACAAAAUCUCAAUUAUGAAGAGAAUUUCUGAAUAUGCAGCAGAUAUUUUCUACAGCAGAUAUGGAGGUGGUCCAAGACUAACUGUGAAAGCACUGUGUAAGGAAUGUGUAGUAGAACGUUGUCGUGUGUUGCGUCUAAAGAACCAACUAAAUGAAGAUUAUAAAAUGGUCAAUAAUCUGCUAAAAGCAACAGGAAAGGGUGAUGAUGGAUUUUGGGUGGGCAAAUCAUCCUUGAGGAGUUGGCGCCAGCUAGCUCUUGAACAACUAGAUGAGCAAGAUGGUGAUGCAGACCAAAGCAAUGGGAAAAUGAACGGCAACACCUUCAGUAAAGAUGAAUCAAAGGAGGAAAGAAAAGAAGAGGAGGAAGAAUUAAACUUUAAUGAAGACAUUCUGUGUCCACAUGGAGAAUUGUGCAUCUCUGAAAAUGAAAGAAGGCUGGUUUCUAAAGAGGCGUGGAGCAAACUGCAACAGUACUUCCCAAAGGCUCCUGAGUUUCCGAGUUACAGGGAAUGCUGUUCACAGUGCAAGAUCUUAGAAAGAGAAGGGGAGGAAAACGAAGCCUUACAUAAGAUGAUCGCAAAUGAGCAAAAGACUUCUCUUCCGAAUCUGUUCCAGGACAAAAACAGACCGUGUCUCAGUAACUGGCCAGAGGAUACAGAUGUCCUCUAUAUCGUGUCUCAGUUCUUUGUAGAAGAAUGGCGGAAAUUUGUUAGAAAACCUACAAGAUGUAGUCCUGUGUCAUCGGUUGGAAAUAGCGCCCUUCUGUGUCCCCAUGGGGGACUUAUGUUUACAUUUGCUUCCAUGACCAAAGAAGAUUCUAAACUUAUAGCUCUGAUAUGGCCCAGCGAGUGGCAGAUGAUACAAAAGCUGUUUGUUGUGGAUCAUAUAAUCAAAAUCACAAGAAUUGAAGUAGGAGAUGUAAACCCUUCAGAAACACAGUAUAUUUCUGAACCUAAGCUCUGUCCAGAGUGCAGAGAAGGCCUGCUGUGCCAGCAGCAGAGGGACCUGCGGGAGUACACUCAGGCCACCAUCUAUGUUCACAAAGUGGUAGACAAUAAAAAGGUGAUGAAGGAUUCAGCUCCGGAGCUGAAUGUGAGCAGUUCUGAGACAGAGGAAGACAAGGAAGAAGCUAAACCAGAUGGAGAAAAAGAUCCAGAUUUUAAUCAAAGCAAUGGAGGAACAAAGCGGCAAAAGAUAUCCCAUCAAAAUUAUAUAGCCUAUCAAAAACAAGUCAUUCGCCGGAGUAUGCGACAUAGAAAAGUUCGCGGUGAGAAAGCACUUCUCGUUUCUGCUAAUCAAACAUUAAAAGAAUUGAAAAUUCAGAUCAUGCAUGCGUUUUCAGUUGCUCCUUUUGACCAGAAUUUAUCAAUUGAUGGAAAGAUUUUAAGCGAUGACUGUGCCACCCUUGGUACCCUUGGCGUCAUACCUGAAUCUGUCAUUUUAUUAAAGGCUGAUGAACCAAUUGCAGAUUAUGCUGCAAUGGAUGAUGUCAUGCAAGUUUGUAUGCCAGAAGAAGGGUUUAAAGGUACUGGUCUACUUGGACAUUAAUCUUUGAACACUUGCUGACUGCUAAGAAAUCACCAGAGGGGAAGAGGAUUUUGACAUGUUAGGGCAUUAAAGAAAAGAUGGAUUUAAGAAUUAAACCAUUACAUGACUCUUCCACAAGGCAAAAAUCCAUUCAAAAGUGACUGUCCCAAAUGCCUUAUGUCAAAUAAAGCAGAUUGCACUGAUGGACAUCAAACUUGAAGGAAUUGUUUCAAAUUAUAUUUAAGGCGAGUAGUCGGAGGAAAGGGGGGCAAGCAAACAUUGAAAUAGUAGCAGUAACGUUAAAUCAUGUUUACAUAUGAGAUUUAUAGUCAUGGAAGGGAAUAAAGCUCUGUUAUAUUUCCUUGCUUGAAUUUCAUACCAGAUGCACUGGGCCAUAAAGGAUUUGUAUCACAGUAGAAGGGACAGCAAGCAUUCUAUUCUGAACUAAAAGUGAUUCUUUAGAGACAUAACCUGCUUACCCGUACCUGUCUUUGACUCAUAUUCUACUUUCAAUAAAGCAUGAAAGUGAAGAACUUGCCAUCGUUGUGGAAAAGUGUCUCCAAGCCAGCUGCAACGUCACCACCAUGCGUGGUGCCCAGUGGUCUGUGUGUCCAUGGUGGGCAAAGGAGGGGCACCUGCGUGUCUCCUGCAGUGAGCAAGGGGUUACACUGCUCACUUUGGCCUUCAGAGUUUCACCUUGGUGCGUUUCAGAAAAGAUGGAGAGUUUUUCCUACCAAUGAUAGCAGUUUCCUCCAGUUUUGCUAUUGAUCAAAAUUGGGAAGUGUUUUUUGCACAUUUGAAAAAUCUGACCACCUUACUGGAAGAGUAUGUUGGACUGACAUGCAUUUGAAUAAUGUUUUUUCUUCCCAUUCUCCAAGUCUGCUGUUUCUUCUAUCAUGCUUCUCUUUUUGAAAGCAUUCUUCUGAAAAUGCCCUAAAAGGACAUUUUGAUCACUUUGCUUGUGAGGGGAGGAGUAUAUGAGUAUAAUGUGUCCUUUUUUACAACUCAGGAUUGUAGUUAUUAGCAACAAAUAAUCAGCAAUAUUCUUAAGAAUAUUGAAGGAUUUUUAAAUGAAACUUAAGGUUGGAAUCUGUUCCUUUUUUUGUCUCUGUCUUUUGAGUGUGUGUAUGUAUGUCUACAGCCUGGAUGCUGACACAGGCAUCUUGUAAUUUUUUCAUGGCCUCAUAUUUGUGCUGGGCUCCCCCGACCCCAACCCUAAUCUGAACUCAAAUAAUGGAGAGAGGAGGCAGAUUUCAGUUUUAGUACCAGUAACAUUAGCAGCAUCCCAUUUGAAUAGCUUUUUAUCAGAAUAAUUAUGGCUGUGUACUCAGCCUGUGCCCCCUGAGGAAGUGGGGGUGUUUAAUGAGCUGUGUGAGGUGCUGAGAGCAGCUCACAGCCUCCUCAAAACUGUCCUAGGGGCCAGGCAUGGUGCAUGCCUGUAGUCCCCCACCAAGGCUGGAGGAUUAUGAGUUUUAGGCCCUCCUAGGCUACAUAGGGAGAGCCUGUUUCAAAAUCAACCAAUACUUGGAGCAGCAGCUGAGAAACCACACAUGGUUCUGGCCUUGACGUCAACAUGGGGGAGGACUUGAACUCAUGGGGAGCUAAUCCUGAUAUUUAGAUCUCAGUCUUUUACUUAGCUCCAAAGAAAUGAAACUAGAACUUAAAAGUCAUAACAUAAGGUGGGGAUUUAGCUCAGUGACUCAGUGCCUGCCUGGCAAGCUACCUGAGUUCCAUCUCCUGUACCAGGAAAAAAAAAAGUCAUAACACAAAGGAACUUACUCUUUUCCAAUUCAGACUUGUUUAAAAGUUCAGAGUGGGGCCGGGGAUUUAGCUCAUUGAUUCCACCACCUGCCUCGCAAGUGGAAGGACCCGAGUUCAAUCCCUGGUACCAGAAAACAAAAGUUCAGAGUGCUUCAUAAAGCAGCUUCCUUUUCUUUAGAAGUUUUUUUUGAGGGGUUGGGGGCGUUGGCUAUAGGUGUAGCUCGGUGCAGAGUGCUUGCCUAAUAACAUCUAAGGCCUAGGGUUCCACCCCCAGGACUGGGAGGGAUAAAAAUCUUUCUGGGUGUUGAAUUAAACAAGUAAACCCAGAAAUGUAUUAUAUUUUUCCCAGUUUGUUACUGAUGCUAGUUUUUGUUUUUUGUUUUUUGGGUUUUUUGCUAGUUUUAAAGUUUGUUAUUUGGGUACUUUGUUUUUUUUUCAGUUAUGCAGUGGUUUAAAAUAUGAGUCUUUUAGGCAGAUACCUAUUCUAAGUCCUGGCUUUGUUAACUGCUCUGGCAGUUCAGGUGGGAUGGUCCCAUAGUGAGCAGCCAAGGCUCCAGACAUGUCAGAAUCGGAAUCUAUACUCACACACCACUGCUGUACUCUUGAAGUCUGAGGAACCCUGUUAGGUGAGUUACAAAGAAAUUCGUGCUGAGAAGCUUCAGCUUCGCAACCACUACCACAUUGUGUACAGGGAAACAAGUCCGAUGAUAACCCAAACUCCAUUCUUGUGUCUGUAUUCACAAAUAGGUGAAGUCCAAUUGUCUUGUGGGCUGUGAAUACAUUAAGGUAUAGACUUUGUUAGGUUCAGAUGCUGGGUAUGUGCACUUUUUAGUAGACCAGCCUCCCAUAGAAGUUAUGAAGCUCAAGGUUUCCCCCCCUUUAUAUUUCUGGUCAUUCUUUAACCUCACAUGAAUGUAUACAAUAUCUAUGCUUGGAUAAAUUGCUGCCUUUACUUAAAAUGUAGGUUGCCAUUUGGAUGUCUUUGUCCCCCUGGGGGGGAAGUAUGUUUGUGUAUUUACAAACUUUGUUUAGAAUUGCUAUUACCUUUCUGCCUAAUUAAAAAGACAUAAAUGCCCCUUUAUUUCUGUGGAA